AUGUACCUCUACUCUGUCUUUGCGACCUUUGCCUUUGCCUGGGGCCUCUAUGGUGUCUUGAUUGACAACACAAAGAUUGUGGGACGGUAUGCAUUGGCAUAUGUAAUCGACUUGGUUAUCAACGCCGUUCAAACAAUCAUUUUGGCAGUGACCUGGUUCAUGACCAGGAACGACCUUUUGGGCAAACCUCAACCGGACCAAGCAGGGGAUCCAACAACCACACCCAUCACCGACGACGUGCGACAGGACUUUCAAUUCGAGGGCGGCAUCUCCAUCCUCAUCCUCCUCGCCCUCUGGUGCCUUCACUUGUAUUUUGCGUUGGUGGUGUGGUCGUAUUCAUACUCGCUGAUUCACCGGUACGAUCUUCCUUCCAAUAUGGUCGGUGGCGCUAUGAAUUCGGGAUCCGACUCGACACCCAUGAUGUUCCUCCCCAGGAUCGGACAGGAUCGCGGAAAACACACAGUCCUCCGCAACGAAGACGACGACGAAUUCAUCUAA